AGAAGACGAAUCAUUUUUUGGGUAUGUCAGAGAUUUGUCGUAAGGAUUCAUUAGCUCGCAAUCUCAACACAAUGUCCAAUAGUUUUCCAGACGAUUAUAACUUUUAUCCUAUGACGUGGUAUUUACCAUCAGAUUACAUAAAAUUUCAAACUUACAUGAAUCAACAUAAAAGUGCAGCAUAUAUUUUAAAACCAGCAACAGGAAGUCAAGGAACCGGGAUAUACAUAACGAAAUCUCCGAAAAAAAUUAAUCAAUAUAAACAGAUGAUUUGUCAACUUUAUAUUUCCAAACCAUUGUUGUUAGACGGCUAUAAAUUUGACAUGCGUGUGUAUACUUUAAUAGCAUCAUGUGAUCCACUUAAGAUAUACGUUUACAAUGAUGGUCUUGUCAGGUUAGCAACGGAACCAUAUGCAACGCCUUCGCACAGUAAUGUGAACGAUCGGUUUAUGCACCUAACCAAUUACUCGGUAAACAAAUGCAAUAAAAUGUACAUCGAUAACGAACUUUUUGGAAGUAAACGUCGAAUUACAGCACUCGGUGAUUGGCUCCGUUCAAAAGGCUAUGACGUGAAAAAAAUAUGGAACGAAAUUGAUGACGUAAUCAUUAAAACCAUGAUCCUGGCCUAUCCGUUUGUCAACCGCAGCUAUCAGACGUGUUUCUCCGAUCAUAAAUACACGCCACCAUGCUUCGAGAUACUUGGAUUUGACAUACUUUUGGAUGAAAGAUGCAAACCGUAUCUCUUGGAAGUCAGAUAUAUAUAUAUAUAAUAUUGUUGCAUAAUCGAUGUGUAGUUAUUUUUAACACCCGAACGUAUAUUGUGCUUAGGUUAAUCAUUCACCAGAUUUUCACACGGACACUUCAAUUGAUAAAAUAGUGAAACGAGAACUAAUGAUUGAUACGUUUAAGCUUUUGCAGUUGGAUAAGACUCUGAAAAAAUUCGUUUCCGGGGAGAAUAAAUGGAAAAUUCAACAACAAACCAUUAAGACCGAUAAAAACGUUUACAAACAAAGAAUAUUAAGGUGCAAAGAACAUUUUGAGCAACAAAAUAAUGUAUGGCAAAGUAAGAAUAUGGGUAACUAUAGAUUAGUGUUCUCAGAGAAAAAUGCGCAUUUGUACGAACAUUUUUAUUAUUGCAAUGAAAGUGCAAUUUACCGACACAAACGUCGUACAUCAUUACAUCAAGAAUCUGAAAAAUAAUUUCAGGGAAAAGUAUAUUAAUUGAUUAUUAGGUAUAAAAAUAUAUAAUAUUGUGGUUAUUAUAAACUUAAAUAAAUGAUGAAUAUUUAAGGAACGAAUUUUUUUAGAGUCUUAUCCAACUGCAAAACCUUAAACGUAUCAAUCAAUAGUUCUCGUUUCACUAUUUUGUCAAUCGAAGUGUCCGUGUGAAAAUUUGAUGAAAAUAACACACCAAUUAUGUAACAAUAUUAUUUAUAUUUGACUUCCAAGAGAUACGGUUUGCAGUUUUCAUCCAAAAGUAUGUCAAAUCCAAGUUAUAUCGAUUGAA